CAUUUUGCAUAUGUGGAGAAAGUGGUUGCAUCUGAUGUUUCGGUAUAGAUUUUCAUGUUUUGUUUUAAGGAUAACAUCAAAAGGGAACAUAAAGUGUGGAACAAAGUGUUUAAAGUAUGUCCCUUUUUCUGAAAUGAAAAACAAUCUGAAGCUUCUCUUCAAGUCAAAGACAUAAGCCCUGUUUGUGAUCCAUUAAACCACUCAAUUUCAAUGAUUAUAUGCCAUUAUAUUAACUGAACAAAUUGUAAAACAUGUUAAAAAUCACCCACAUUGGGGAUCACGAUUACCAAAGGAGAGAAAAAAUGCUGUUAAAUGUUAUUUCCGCAUUUGACUUGCUCCUAAAUAGAUGCGACAAAAGCCACAUGAUGACUCUAGCCAUGCAGCGGUUAAUGUGCAUGUCUAAUAUAAGAGUCCAAGCAGAAGUGAAAGAGCAGGCAGGAAACUCAUCGCUGGUUAAUGAGUGUGCGCACACCUGCAGCUUCAAAAUUACCAUGUCUCAAAAAGGCGCACAUUAAUAGUGUGCUCUCUCUCCCUCUCGUGCGCACACACACACACACUGACUCGUGCACAGAUUAUUCAAGCCUGUUCAGAUAAGACAACUUCAGAACAUCCAGUAACCAAUCAAAAGGAACCAUGAUAAGUCUCAAAACGCUGUGUCUUUUGUACUUUGCUUUGCUCGUUGGACUGACACAUGCUGAGGAAUCAACCACAUUAGCAAACAAUGAUACAAAAGCUCAGGAUUCAACCACCAUAAAAAACGAGGCUGCAAAUCCUCAGGACGCAAACAACACAGCAACCAAUGAUACAAUUACUCAAGGCAGAAAUAACCCAGACCUCAAUAUUACAACAAAUGAUACUGAAAGAAAAAAUAACCAAACUACUUCCAACCUUCAAACUGAGUACAUAUCACCAUUAUCAUCAUCACCAUCAUCAGCAUCCUCUCCAAAAUCUACAGGUCCACCUCCAGUCUGUACACCAGCCACUACUAAAUCCCCAGAAUAUCAGUGUAUUUUCUCUCUACCAUCUGGAGAGAAACUGCACCUGAUUGUGGCUGUUCUCAUAGUGGGCUGUUUGGUGUUGCUGAUGACCACACUUAUGUGCGCCUGCCAGGUUUGUCACCUGAAGGGACUCAUCUCUGGUCUCCACUCCCGACAUGACAACAUUGACCUUCAUGCUAUAAGAGAGAAGACCGAAACGCGACAGAAGAACGAAGAUCGAGUGGACAGACAUCCCACCGAGACCUGUCUCCUGCUUUCGGAGGUCACCGCGGGACAAGAGCAGAGUAAAGAGCAUGAAGUGAAGAUCGAGGAGGUUGAGGAGAUGGAGCAGAUUGGCACUGAGAUGCCUGUAAUAGACCCGAAUGGAGAUGUCAACCAGGAAAAUAGUAUCGUGCCUGAGGAAAAACAAUCAGAAAGCUCUGACAAGCCAGAGGUGUAAAAAGGUCAUCGUUUAGUCAACUUCAUGUCGUUCCAGAGCCGUAAGACUCUCGUUCUUCUUCACGACUCGAAUAUUGAUUCUAAAAGGUGUCAGCAUUUCUACUGAAAGACUAACUCUACCCAAAACUCUGAUAGUUCAAAAUGUCUGUUUAAUAAAUUAUUUAUUAAUGGGAUUUCUUAUUAGUCACACAUCACCAAGAUGGCCAGUCUUCCUGAGGGUCAAGUUUAUUUUUUGUACAAAAUUACAUUAAACUUUAAUAAUUUUAAAAGAAUUUUAAAAAAUGAAA